UUGCAUCAUGUGAGAUUCCACAUGCAGCGUCAACAGCCCUGAAAAGUAGGUUAGCGGAGGAGCGAGAAGAGAAGGCGGAGGAAGGUUGGUGUUUGCAUCAGCUGCACUCACUCGGAGUUACGAAGCCGGCAGGAAAAAGCGAAGCAAAAACCGUGAAGAGGGGUUAAAAAAAAAAAAAAAAAGGCAGGACUACGCCGAGCAACAUUUCCCCAAGAUUUGCGGGGAUUCGGAUGAGUGAGCAGGAAGCAUGAAGGCUCAAAUUGAAGUUAUCCCUUGUAAGAUAUGUGGGGACAAAUCAUCGGGCAUCCAUUAUGGUGUCAUCACCUGUGAAGGCUGUAAGGGUUUCUUCCGCCGCAGCCAGCAGAACAACGCCAUGUACUCCUGUUCAAGGCAGCGGAAUUGUCUCAUUGACCGGACAAAUCGAAACCGCUGCCAACACUGCCGAUUGCAGAAGUGCCUCGCUCUUGGAAUGUCCCGUGAUGCUGUGAAGUUUGGUCGCAUGUCCAAGAAGCAGAGGGACAGUCUCUAUGCAGAGGUACAGAAGCACCAGCAGAGCCAGGAGCAGGCCAUGUCCAAGGAAGAUCCUGACAUGCUGACCAGAGCCUACAGCAAUAGCUCCAGUAUGGGCCUCAGUGACCUCGAUGACAUCACCACAUUGCCAGACAGCCUGCUGUUUGAUCUCCCACUGACCCCUGAGAGUGCUAACAGCUACUACAGCUUGGACCUCCUGGGUUCAGCCCAAUCUUCACCUGAGCAGUCCAGCAUUGACCUUCUGGAUGCCAAGUAUAUCAAGCAGGAGUAUGAACUAUUCCAUGAUUCUAGCCUCUCUUGCCAUGGUGGGCGCUUGCCCUUGCCAGAGGGCAUCUCCAUGUUGGAAAUUGAGAGGGCGUCACAAAAUAUUGUCAAAUCCCACCUGGAGACCUGCCAGUACACACUAGAGGAGCUGAAGAGGCUCACGUGGACCAUGUACAGCCAAGAAGAGAUCCGGGCAGCACAGAGCAAGAGUGCAGAUGUUAUGUGGCAGCAGUGCGCUCUCCAGAUUACCAAUGCCAUCCAGUACAUGGUGGAGUUUGCCAAGCGCAUCACCGGCUUCAUGGACCUCUGCCAGAAUGACCAGAUAAUCCUCCUCAAAGCAGGCUGUCUGGAAGUUCUCCUCAUCCGCAUGUGCCGAGCGUUCAACCCCAUCAACAACACGCUGCUGUUUGAUGGAAAAUACACCGGACCCCAGCUCUUCAAGUCCCUCGGCUGUGAUGACCUCAUUAACGCGAUAUUCGAACUCGCCAAGAGCCUGUGCCGCCUUCAGAUGACCGAGGAGGAGAUGGCUCUGUUCAGUGCAGCUGUGCUUCUUUCACCUGACCGGCCCUGGCUGAAUGACACUGCAAAAGUACAGAAGCUUCAGGAUGUUAUCUACCUGGCACUUCAGGAUACUUUGCAGAGGAAUGGGUCUGGAGAAGAGAAGCUAACCAAGAUGGUGUCCAAGCUGCCCAUGAUGAAGUCCAUCUGUAACCUGCACAUUGACAAGCUGGAGUUUUUCCGGCUCCUUCACCCUGAGACGGCCUACAAUUUCCCCCCUCUAUACCGUGAAGUGUUUGCCAGUGAGGUGCAGUAUCUCUGUCCCAGCGAGAGCUAAAACCUUAUGGGGAUCAAGCCAAAAGAAACCUGAGAACCAAAACCGAGGCAUGAUGGCUCCUCCACUUUCCUGCUGGCCAAGUUGCCAACACCUGCCCUGCCUGCCCCACCCCUUGGCAUUUUGAUAGCACUUUGUUGAAUGUAGCACUCCUUGGGGGGGAAAACAACAAAACAAAACUGGCCCACUGAAUGUAUAUAUUCCCUCUCCUUGUAUCUUCUGGGGAACAAGAAACGGGACCAAGAAAAAGCUAGGGUUGCAUUCACCACCCUUCAUACUGACUGCCAUCACACAGACUUCUGACCAGAUGUGAAGCCUGGCAGUGAAGACCGGUGGGAAUUCUUCAGGGCCACUUAGUACUGCUGAACACUACAGUUUAUUCACCUCCCUUGAUGCUUCAUGUUUUCUGUUGAUAUCCUCUCAAGUGGACACUCUCACUGCUCUGGUGGAGUGGAGCAACGCUGGGCAGGACUGAUGGACGUGGACAUGCUGUACCUCACGUGUUUUUUACCCAAGCCCCUCACUGUAAUUCUCUAGUUUUGUAAGAGGUCCAGGGUUCAAGGUCAGUAUUGUUCUUUCUGUAUGCUGACACUGCUGCUCAAUUUGACAAACACCCCCUAGCCAUUUUGUGAUGGGGACAAUGGUGGCAGAGCACUUUGCCGGGGGCGGGGGGUUAGCUACUUGUCCUAAUUGUGUGAUUGAGAGUGGGCUCAAAUUAGGAAGUCAGUUCUAAUUUGUUGGAGGUGAAGAGGAAUCUCUGUUAAGAUUUUUGUUGGACUCAGCAGCAGGUAUAAGAGAAUUAGUCAAGGAGUCGUGUAGGCUGCUUUAGGGAGAAAUGGGGGCGAGAAAAGGUAUCAGCGGGUUUAGCAGAACUGAAGACGGUGUAAGUAAGAGGGUGGUCUGAUGAGAGUCUGCUCUUUUGUUUUUGUUUUUUUGAAGCGGGUCUGUGCAAUAGGGUGGAGCGCCCUCUACUGGGAGUGACAUAGCAGAUGUAAUAAUAUCUGUGAGGAGAGGUUAGGUUUAAAUCACUGCGGCUGGGGAACGGAGUGGGUAUAUGGCUUCCCAUUAUGGACGAGCAAAGGUGUUUAGCUGGUGUGGUUCCCACUGCAUAACUGGUGACUCACUUGUGUCUCUCUGCGGACCAAGGCCAACGGCUGCUCUGUCUACGUGCUGUCUGAGUUGGCCUGCUCUGCCUCUUCCUCUGUGUCUGCAUGUGGUCCACUGCUGCUCUGUGGUCCCAGGCUCCUUCUGCGAGGUGAGCUGAACCCUGGUCUGCUCCGUUGCUUUCUCUCUCUUUCUCUAUGCACGUCGUCCAAGGAUGUCUGCUACUUUGCCCGUUUCUCUCUGUUCUCUCCUAACGCCGUUGGCUGGUCUGUGCUACAGCGUUGGGAUGUUUAGCUGCCCUUUCUUGCUCUGCAUAUGAGUCACGGUACCCUCCCUUUCUACCCCUAAUGAGGUAACCACUCUGCUUUGCCCCUUCUAGAAGGUUCUGGGGCUUGCCCACAGAUCUGAAAAGCAUCUGACGGGUGAGGUUUGGCUUACAAUCCAAGUUCAUUGAAGGCUUUUUACUAAGUAAAGCCCCCCCCCCCCCCCCCCCCCCCCCCCACACACACACACACACACUUUUCUUUUAGGGGGUGCAGGUUAGUUUUGAAGUUUGACUACCCGGUGAGCUCAAGGUGCUGGCAGCAUUCUCUGCCCAAAGCGACUGAAACCCGUCAGUCUGGCAGCGUUUCACUACACAGUGAUGUCUUUGUGUUACGACGAGAAGCGAGACUACAGAAGAUUUAGUUGUCGUCUUUUCUUUUCUUUUCUUUUUUUAUUUGUCUGAAGAGGAAGCACAGAAAACCUGUGAUACAGCACAUCUCCAGGAGGGGGCACUCCGUCGAUGGUUUCUGAUGUUAGACGUUUAGCGUUUUGUUCGAUUGUGAAUUCAUUUUUGUUUGUUUUUUGUCUUUGUAAAAUUGUAAUUCUAUUUUUUUAAAAAGAAUGAUAUGGAUUAAAAACAAAAAAAGAUUUUAUGACUAUGUUGAUGGCAGAAAAAAAAUGGAAAGAUGUGUUAUUGUUUUUUUUUUUUUUUUUUUUAGCCAAUAUUUAAGAAAGCCUUGUGCAGAUUUGUAAUAAAGAAAAUAUUCUAUAUAAU